AAAAUUUCAAACAAUCGUAAACAUCUCUCGGGGAAACGGCGAUCGUUUUUUUGUGGUGUCGUGAAUAAACGAUUAUUUCUCUUAAUUUUAUCAUAUUUUUGCAUUAGUUGUUUACUGGAAAGUUUUAAUAAAGCGUGAAAUCAAUAUAUACGAUAACAAUAAGUUUGAAAACUUGAAAAUGUGGACGAAUUUUGAGCUGGUGUCGGUCGAAGAUGAAACAUUGAACAGUGCUUUCUGUUCCAACGGUUUGUUCCGGAUUUCCAGUGAUGAAUUGGUUCAAACGAAUCCACGCGUAACUGGGAUUCUGCAGAAUCGGCGCAUGAUCUUGUCGAUCGACAAAGCGUUGGUUCUCUUUCAGGAUGAGAAUCGAUGCAACGAAGGGAACAUCCUGGACGUUUCGCAUGAUAUCGAGUGCAUUGCCGCUUCCGAAAGUGGCGAUUUGGUGGUUUGUGGCCUCUCCAAUGGAACGAUCACUGGAUUCCAUGUGCGUGGAGCCAAUUUGUUUAGUUUGGGAAUCCAUCCGGAUGAUUGUAAUCCUGCGGGAAACACGUUCGUCGAAAUUCGUCAAGUGAAUGGCACUUAUUACGUCCAGUGCAAUCGAGGCCCGGUUUAUCAGAUCCUGAUCGACGAGUCCAAGGUUAAUGAUACCAUGAAGCAGCUGGAUUGCAGUGGCAUGGAUGGUACCUUGAAUUUCGAAGAUUGCGUCGUGGUGAAUCGGAUUCUGGAGAAGCAUCUACGGGAACCGAUUACGAGCUUCGUUCCGAUGACAAGCUACGAGCUGGGGAGCGACUUGUCUUAUCCGCUGAUGAUGUCCACCAGUGCCGAAUCAAUCUACUUCCAAGGGGCUGAAGGGUUUGAAAAGAUACCGCUGAAGCCGGAAUACUGCGGCAUCCGGAAGGUGCUGAAUUUGGUCCAUUGCUACAUUGCGUUGACCAACAGCGGCCAGAUAUUCGAGAUUUCGUCAAUUAUUAGACUGAAUGCUGAUAUACCACUUCCUUACAAAAUAGACGAUAUAAUUAUAAUGGAAUGUACUGCAGAUGUUAUAGAGCUGUUGCUGCUAACGAAACCGGAUGUAAAUGGAACUCGGUUCAUGAAGAUUGUGGAUUUCCCAUCAAUGGAAUGUAAGUACGAGUUGGACAUGAAUGAGUACGUCUGGCUAGUCCAGCAGCCCAAAAGUGCAGUAAACAUCUACUACAUAACCGGAAACUCGUACGACAAACAGUAUGUGCAAGAGGUGGAAAUGAAGAUUUUGUCCGAAACGCAGCCUUCUCUUCGGUUGGACAAACUCAUUCGUAAGGGACGCCUGGAAGAGGCGGAAGAAUUCGCCAAACAGUUCGAUCUGAGCCUUCAACUGAUUCAUCAGGCAAAGGUUCGGAGUUUCCUGGCUCAAUUGGCCACUAGCAAACACCCGGAUAGCGACGAACAGCAGCAGACUUUCGCCAAAAUGAUGGAAGUCCUGAAGAUGAUCGACGAACCUGCCUUUUUCGUUACUGUUCGCAUGGCGGCCAUCCCGGAGCGGAAUAUGAAGCGACAGUUUUUGAAAUUUCUGCUGGAUAAAGUAGAUAAAUCCUGCCAUGAAGCAACGGAGAUCAACGAACAGCUGCUAAGGCUGGACACCCUCAAGCUCAUCGAUCCCUACGAAGUGGACUCCGAGUGGCAAAAUUUCAUAUACCAUCGAAAUCUGACCAAGCAUUGCAUUGAAUUGUUCAAAACAGAUAUGCCAUCCGCUUGCCUAAUCUGGUCCCGACACAUUUCGUCGAUUAUCCUUAACAUGGACGCGUUGAAAAUCAGCAGUCUGCUGAAAUCCAUCCCGGAGGACACGCCUCCUUUGGAUCUGAUUCAGUGGCUGAUGCAUUUUGUACCUCCGAUUCUGCAACACCUGCCGCAAAUGAUGCGAAUUCUGGUUACCUUUGUCAUCGGGAAAACGAAGGCUCUUCAAUUUGCCCCAUUCUGGCCAAAGGUCGGCUUGACCUUUAUCGAUGACGUUAUAGCCAUCUUCAAAGACGUAAAGUUUCCCAUAAUGGACAUGAGAUUACAGUACGAAACGAACAUGGAAGAAAUGCAACAACUUAGUGAUGCUCUCAACGACCUUACUUUGCUUAAGGAAAAGUUUAACCUAAGUGCGAACAUCGACAAUUUUCUACAAGAAACAAAAGAACGCACUGCCUUCAGAUUACUGCAAACCGUUCAACUCUCAAACCUCAAACGCAUCGUAGUUGAGUUCCUCUAUCCGAUGUUCGUUGCCCAAGAAUCUCAGCUUCAGAACUCCAUCAUUCAAUACAUUCAAUUCCUGAUCUCGAAUCAGAACAUCAGUUACUGGGAAGAACGCUGUGUCAUUCUGGUUGAGGUGAUUCACAACGAAGACAUUAAACUGGACUGCAUCCUGGACAUUCUGAAAGCGUCACCUGUCCCUUGGUCUUCGGUGAUUACCCCACUGGUGAAGUACGCCAACUCGGACCACCCAAUCGCCGGUAGGAUUCUCAUCGAGCAACGUACGCAAAUAGUAAAAAUUAUCAAAGUAAAAUACGACUGGCCCGUUAAAAGUCAAGAUUGUCUCAAGAUGCUGGCCAAACGUGUGCUGAAAAUGCGCGAUGCAAACAUGCUGGUCGACAUUAAGGAACUGACCGAUUCAGCACCGGAAAUCGCCUACGCAGUCGAUAUGGACGUAAUGUUGCGGCUGGCUGAGUAUAAUGAGUUUGUGCCGGCUGUCCGGUACCUCGAGGCACUCAGUGAAAAACGCCGCCAGGAGUGCAGCCAAGGAGUCGUGGAAACUGUUGUUCGAAUGCUCGACAACGGCACUGCUGCGGAUCCGUACACAGACAAUUACAUCGAGUUGUUGCAGCUGCUCAAAUCUCGAUGUCCCGCCAUCAGGCAGUUCGAAGCACAGGAGAUGCUGCAUAUUAUGACCCUCCGCAAGGAGUUCCGUUUGGAGGUUUGCCGAGAGCAGCUCAACAAUGACGACGAUCGCCAGAAAUUACUGCUCAUUGGGAUACAUAAUCUUCUUGUUAAGAUAAAAGAUGAUCGUGAUAUGUUCGUUCCUGCUUUGCUAGGUGGUAUUAAACGCCUGACCCAUGCUCUGAUGUUUGAUCUGCUGGAAGGUCUCUAUGAGGUCUUAAAAUUGAUUGGAAACGUGCAUGUCACUUGCGUCGUGCUGGCAAAGGUUACGGAAAUAAUUGAUCCCGGAAGAGAUUCACAUGAAGCCUUGCACCGUUUGGUAGUGCUACUGUUGGUUCACCAAAUGCGAUACUUCGAGGAGUCCAGCACCAAUUGGGAAUUGGAUCCAUUGGCAUACCCACUGGCGGAUAAGCUGCUGAGGAGCUGUUACGAUGAAACAACAUUCAGCGGAAUCGUCAAGUUGGAAUUGUUGCGUUGGGUUCAAUUGGGAAGCCAUCAUUACGAUGUGGACGUCCUCAAAGAAUACGGGAAACGAACAUCACUGCCUGAGAAAGUGUUCAAGAAGAUUUUUGAAGCUUCAAAUAAUGAGCAACAAGCACCCGCAAGAAAAAGUCACAAAAGGGAUUCCUUGUCCACAUUCGAUAUGAUACAUACGAAGGAUGAUGCGAUGGAAGUUACCAAGCAUUUAGAUGACCAGGAGACGAUUAUUAAAUGCAUUGGCCAGGCACUGAUGGUCAUUGUGGGGAGCUUGAAGACGGAUUGUAUGGAACCACCACACCGAUAUUUCCACGAAUUGAUAGCACCGAUCGACGUACAGGACGUUGCAGACAGUUUUCGAGCGACGUUGGAAUCUCUGAUCAAGCAUAAGAAGUAUCCCGCCGCCAUGAAACUUGUAGAGCUGAUUUUGUCGUAUCAGGAGGAUACGGGAGUUGUCAUUCCAGCUGAUUUCGUUGAGAACUUAAGACGCAAAUCGCUCAAAUUUUUCUUGUCGCAGAAGGAGCCUGACUACAGUAUGGCUGUUUCCAUUCUCUUCCAAUGUACAUCGCGUGAAAAUUGUCUUGAAUACUUACGAACAAACAUGGUCAAUGAGUCCCAAAGGGCUGCAUUCCAUACUUUGCUUGAGUUCUAUUACAUCAAUAUCGGCGACAUGGAGCGGGCAGUUGAAGAAAGAGGUCAUCGCAUGCGGUUCAACUUUUUCUAUGAAUUGUGCAAACUCGAUCCCAGCCUGAAAGCCAAAAAAUCCCUUCCCUUCCACAAUAUAUCAGAUCUUACGAAGGAAAUGAAGAGCAAAGUGUUGAGCGUGGAACUCUUGCGCAAAAUGAGUGAAAACUUUUCGUGGGAUUACCAACAGGUGCUGGUCUCUCAGGUUAUUACUGUGCUUGGCAUGCAAGAGCUCGAGUUCGAAGUACAACAAGAUCCAUUUGGUAAGGAAGUGAUCGUCAUCAAGACGACUGUCGAUGACAUUUUAAAGCAAUGCCAGCCAUAUAUAAAUGAAAUCACAAACCAUGUUCUUUUGAGUACAAAGCUUACCAAUUACCUCGAGCAGAUCAAUUUCUACUUUUACGAAAUGUAUUUAAGUGUGUUGGAAAUUUUCUCGCAAAUCAACAUGAUGCAGGAAGAGUUGAUCGUUUGGGAGAGAACCUUGGUUUAUCUUAGAGACGGGUUAACGUUCAAGCGAAAUCAUCGUGCCGGACAGAUAGAAUUGGACGCGUGGCUAAAACUACAACCAGAUGGCGGUAUGCUUCCCAAGAUCGCAAAAUAUCGUCUUCCAUUCCUGUUGCUGAUUCGCCAUCCACUGAAAAGUCUUCUGAAAGAAGAGAUCACCAUCGAAAAUUAUAAGAAGAUUCUGCUGCUUGUGCAGAUGAAGGCACCCCUGGAGAACAUGGACCCGGUGGAGCUGCAGGACUAUUUUUGUAAAUCUGCCGUUAUCAACUCUAUUUCCGAGUACAAAAUCCAGGCCGAUGAGCUGGCCCCAACCGCCGGGUGGCAUCUGCAACCAGUCAAUAAUGCGUUUCUUCAAUCGAUUCUUCGAGUGGUAGAUUGCGUCUCGGAUCUUUCGUCUAAGCUGUUCAUUUUAUACUAUGUAACGAACAACGCGCCAGAAGGAGCAGAUCAGGUUGAGGCAGCUUACGAGUGCUACAAAUUCGCAUGCCAGCAUGAAGAUGCUCUAUCGGGCAACUCGGACGCUAAGGAUAAAAUGGAGAAAAUUAUUCGCAAAUAUCCUAUCUUCAAAACGCAACAUUUGCUACUACAGUACGGCAUAAACGACGACAAACUGUUUGCGUUGAUCAAGAACCCUCGUGAGUUAAUCAACGCUCUCUACAGCGAAACCGUACAACGGAAGGUGGACAUCAACAGCUUGGUCUGUGAAAUUGCCAAACUUCAUCAGUUGGACAUUGAUGCGAUCCAGGUUAGCUUGAUUCAGAAGUGGCUGUCUAUAUUUGGUUCCAGCAAUGAUUCCGACGGCAACAUGGAAGAGACUUUGUACGAAGAUCACAACAUGUCGAUCGAUGCAUCGGACGUCGACAUAUCCGCUGAUGAGUACGUUGCUCGGGCGCAUUACAUUCUGAAGAGCUGGGACAAAGAGAAGAGCGUAUCAUUCCUUAUCACUCAGCUUUGUACGGGCGACUCCGGAGUAGACGCUAAAAAGCAGUUGCAGAUCUAUGACUGCUUUAGCAAACUGAUCGACGAUCGCUGCAGCGUCUAUGUUGAUGCCUUCAACCCGAACCAGUAUAUCGUAUUAAAAUGCAUUUAUUUCUUGAAGUCGCUUGGAUUUUCGAAUCUAACUGUGAGCAAGUUCGAAGAAACCGAGAAAAUGACUCUUCUUAAGCGGCUUUGGCAAUCGCACGCCACUUCGUCCAAGGGUUUAGAGGUAAUCGCUUAUAUCUGUCUGGGUUACGAGCUCUUUGUACCACAGAUUUGGAACGGAGUGCUCAAACAAAUGGCCCGUACCAAUAUGAUAAGCCAUCUGACGAUGUUGUUGGAUAUCAUAUCGGCACGUGAGCAACUCACAAACUUGGAAGGAUUCCGAAUGGCUUGGGAGGCGAUCAUCAAAGCUCCGUUCAGGAAUGCAAAUCGCGUUCGGUCAUUUGACGAAGAUUCCACACUGGCUAAAUCGUUGAUCCUGCUCCAAAAGUGUCCCAUUUCAUCCUCGUUGAAUCUGCUGGACAUUGCCGAGGUCUGCAUCAAUGCUAACCGAGUUAAUAUGGCGGCCAUUCUGAUUCCCUAUGCUAAUGACGACCAAAAAGAACCGCUCAAGAAGCUUGUUGCCAACAACAUGGAGUCUACGCUACGUCAGCAAAUUCUGGAACUGGAAGAAUACGGAGUAGCUUCUGUUAUAACCAAAGCGGUGUGUAGUGAACUCAACCUGAACAAGUAAUCUCGCAAGUGUAAAGUAUUAGUAAAACCCGGUGAUUUGGAGCCAUUUUGAAGAUAUUUCCUAAAUCUAGACUUAUGCUUUAGUUAUCAUAAAAAUCGUAAGUGCCCAAUUUA